AUGUCGGCUGCGGUGGCUGUGGCAGCGGUGGCUCUUUACAGAUGCAGCAAACACCAGCAGCAGAAACAGCCACGGCUACAGGAUCAGACAGUGUUCGCGAUGAGCGGCAGACUGCGCUCCGUGACAACGACGACGUUACUCUCUCCAUCCAUAUCGUCAUCGCGACGUGCUGACCUGUGUCCUUCCACGUCCUCAUAUCUCCACGAAGACGCUAUUUACACGUCACUACUUCCUCCGCCACCGUCCAUCCCUCCUCGUUAUGGUCCUACACCGCCCCACGUUUUGCCAUCAUCAAUCCGCUUCACUGGCGACCAGUACUCAGCCGUGACGCAUCCACCAUACACAAAAACUUCGGCCACACUGGCGGUUAAUGAAAGGAAGUGUAUUCCAUCCGAAUGGGUCCCACAAGUGUCCUUAGAGGAAUUCCGGAAACUUUGGAAGCAUCUAGAGGUGGACGGCAGUGGCGUGGUGGUGAAGGCUGUGCUCAGAAGCGGCAGGUACGCGCAGCUCUGUUCCGCCACACUGCGCCCCAACACCGACGUUUUGGUGAAAGUGGCACACUGCAGCACAGCAGCCCUGGAGUCCCAUGCAGUGCGGGAAUGCAGUGCAGCAGUGCAGCUGACACGCGUGCAACACCCUGCAGUGCUGGCAGUGAUCGCGUUCAGUGCUCCGUGUCCUCUCAUGCUCAUCUACCCAUACAAAGGCGGCCGCAACCUUAAAAUGUAA